AUGCUGAGAUUAGUGAGGAGAAAGGCACUAACUAUUAGGCGGCGUAAUCCCUAUGUACACUAUGGGCUCCAAAAGCAGUUGCCCUUAUCUUCACCAUCGUUUCUGGUGGCACGAUAUUCGUCCACUAAUGAAUCAGCUUCGAGCCCAAAGCCACCUAGAAUAGAUGCCCCGGGAUUUAAAAAAAUUUUUCUUGUUGCAGUCAUUGGUACACUGAUAUUUGUCAAGACGGUGCAGUCCCUAGAUAAAAACAAGCCAAAGACAACAUUAUCUGAGGAAGAAUUUGAAAAUGUUGUCAAAGGGUUGAAAAGACGUGUGGCUAUCUUCUCACAGGGUGAGGUUGAUAUAAAGUUUUCUUUGUUACCCAGUGUUGACGAGACUAGGAGAAUAUUAGGGAAAUCACAAUGCAAUGAAAUUAGUGAACCACAGUUUGUCGAUCCAGUCAAGGUCAUUGAUUAUUAUAGAACUCUAAAAGAUGAUAGAUAUGAAGCCUUAUUGAAUGAAUGCUAUAAUAAGUAUGGGCCAGAUACGUACAUUGAUAAUCUACCAACAGGCAUGUUAGUCAUGCUUUUAGGCAGGUAUUUGAAAGAAAACUACAAGGGCGGCGAUGAGCUGAUGAUUGUUAACUUCCCACACUCGAUUAGCGAUGCAACAAAAUUCGAAAAUGAAGUUUCUAUAGUUUCCAAAAUCUUGAUUCCGAAGGAACUUGAAGAUUCCAACAUCUGUAAAUAUUAUGAAACUGUAGGUAAGGCUGAAGUCAUCUAA